UCGGCGUUUAAAAGACAACCAGAUAGAUAGGUCACAACUCAAAUGCCAGUUACACCAGAUCUGCUUUAUAUGCUCAAAUUCUAGAGAGAGAGAGAGAAACCUUGUGUGAAGACAGAGAGUUCAAAUGGAAGAAGAACUGAUACAGCGGCUGGAGUCGGCCGUAGCACGACUGGAGUCACUUUCCAUUGGGUCGCAGUCACGAGACACCGACCUUGAUGCGGUUGCCGCAUCGACGGAUCCAUCGAUCAUCGCAUUUGAAGAGUUUUUGAAUGAAUACGUGGGUAAGGUUUCGAGUGCUGCUGCUAAGAUUGGAGGACAAGUUGAGGAAGCUACUAGUGUUCUAAAUGAUGCGUUUUGUGUUCAGAAGGAGCUUCUUGUUAACAUCAAGCAAACUAAGAAACCUGACAUGGUAGGAUUGGGUGAAUUUUUGAAGCCAUUAAAUGAAAAUCUGAUGAAAGCAAUCAGUAUGACCGAAGGAAGGCGGUCUGAUUUCUUCAACCACUUAAAAGCUGUUUCCGAGAGUCUAACAGCACUAGCAUGGAUUGCAUAUGCGGGAAAAGAUUGUGGAAUGAGCAUGCCUAUUGCACAUGUGGAAGAAUCUUGGCAGGCUGCUGAAUUCUACAACAAUAAGGUCCUUGUAGAAUAUAGAAAUAAAGAUUCAAAUCAUGUGGAGUGGGCAAGAGCUCUAAAAGAACUUUAUAUACCUGGAUUAAGAAAUUACGUGAAGAGCCACUAUCCGUUGGGGCCCGUAUGGAGUGCCACAGGAUCUACUGUCUCCGCACCCACAAAAGCUCCGGCACCACCAAAAGCUCCCGCACCUCCACCCCCUCCACCUGCCUCACUCUUCACUCCAGAGUCUUCUCAGCCGUCUUCAUCGCGCCCGAAGGAGGGAAUGGCGGCUGUAUUUCAAGAAAUUAGUUCAAAGCCAGUUACCGCCGGAUUAAGAAGAGUUACAGAUGAUAUGAAGACCAAGAACCGUGCAGAUAGAGCGGGCUUUGUCAGUGCUGGUGAAAAAGAAGUCCGUGCAAGUGUGCCAUCUGUUUCUAAAGUUGGACCUCCAAAGUUUGAGCUUCAAAUGGGUCGCAAAUGGGUUGUCGAGAAUCAAAUCGGGAAGAAGGAUUUGUUGAUUAAUCAAUGUGAUUCAAAGCAAACAGUCUACAUUUUUGGAUGCAAAGAUUCUGUUUUACAAAUCAAAGGUAAAGUUAAUAACAUAACUGUUGACAAAUGCACAAAAGUGGGCGUUGUAUUCACGGACGUUGUUGCGGCUUGUGAAAUUGUUAACUGCAACAGUGUCGAGGUGCAAUGCCAGGGUACAGCUCCUACCAUUUCUGUGGACAACUCAGCAGGUUGCCAGCUGUACUUGAGCAAAGAUUCUCUAGAGGCUUCUAUUACAACUGCGAAGUCGAGUGAAAUUAACGUACUGGUGCCUGCCUCCGGCCCCGAUAAUGAUUUGGUGGAGCAUGCUUUGCCACAGCAGUACAUUCAUAGUUACAUGAAUGGACAGUUUGUUACAACCCCCGUCUCUCACUCGGGAGGGUAACUAACGGGUACCAAUUAUCAUCAUUGUCGUGGUCGUGUUUGUUUGAAUAUUUGAUGGUGUUGUUAUAUAUCUGCAUGUAUUUAGCAGGGUUUGUUGCUUGUGAUUGAAGGGUGCUUCAAGUUUUGGUUUUGGGUUGGGGGUUCAUUUCUUUAAGAAACAUUGAAUUUCUUUAUAUAUUGUUAUAGGCUUUUUAUCUUUUCUUUUAUGUUUUCCCAUAAUUGGAUUAAUAUUGAAAACUUUGGUAUGACUUUAUCAAGGCAUGUCCUAAGAA